UCUCCGCCGCCCCCUAGUCCGGACUCAGCCGAACGGUGACCCUGCCGCGAUCCCGCGGGCUCCAAGCGGCCAGUUUCAGUCUCACCGGCCGAGGGGCAGCCCGGCGCGAACCGGCACUUCCGAAAUGGCAGCAGCCAGGCCCAGCCUGGGCCGUAUCCUCCCGGGAUCGUCCAUCCUGUUCCUGUGUGACAUGCAGGAGAAGUUCCGCCACAGCAUCAUGUACUUCCCAGAGAUCGUUGCCGUGGCUGCUCGGAUGCUCAGGGCAGCCCGGCUGCUGGGGGUUCCAGCCGUGCUGACGGAGCAGUACCCUCAGGGCCUGGGCCCCACAGUGCCGGAACUGGGUGCCGAGGGCCUCCCGGCCCUGAGCAAGACCUGCUUCAGCAUGGUGCCCGCCGUGCGGCAGGAGCUGGACCGCCGGCCCCAGCUGCAGUCCGUGCUGCUCUGUGGCAUCGAGGCUCAGGCCUGCAUCCUGAACACAACACUUGACCUGCUGGCCAGGGGGCUUCAGGUCCAUGUGGUGGCGGACGCCUGCUCCUCUCGAAGCCAGGUGGACCGACUGGUGGCACUGGCCCGCAUGCGGCAGAGCGGCGCCUUCCUCUCCACCAGCGAGGGGCUCAUUCUGCAGCUCGUGGGUGAUGCUGCCCACCCCAAGUUCAAGGAGAUCCAGAAUAUCAUUAAGGAGCCUGCCCCAGACAGCGGGCUGCUGGGCCUCUUCCAAAGCCAGAACCCCCUCUUCUGAUGAACCCAGGACCCUGCUUGAGGAAAGCCCACCCUUUUGUCAUAGUAACCUGGUUGGAAGCACUGCUCCCCCCACCCCCCGCAAAUCCCUGGAUCCCAAGA